AUGUCGACUUUGGAUUCCAGAGAUGAAGCACGAGAUGGGUCUGCGAGUGGCCAACUUUCACAUCAACCAACAUGGAAAGACUCUCUCAGAGACCGAUCACCUACAGAUGACGACGAACCACAGAAGAAGACUUCGAUACUCGACAGGAUCAAGGCGGCAUGGGCUAAGCUGGGAAUCGACAAGAGGACGUACAUGCAAAUGUUCAAAGGAGCGCUCGCCCCAACCAUUGCACUCGCUGCGUACCAAGCAGAUGCUUUCGCUGACUUCUUCACCACGAUUGGAUACUUGGUAAUCAUCAUGACCAUUCUGCCCGUCGUCAUCACUCCGAGGGCCAAGUUUCUGCAGACCAUGCUCAUCAACGUGCUGUUUGCUUGCUUUGGAGCCGCCGUGGCUUUGCUGGCCAUAUUCUGCUCCGUCAAAGCCAGAGUCAACAGUGUUGGUGAUGCUGCGCCUGGACAAGGAGGACCGGGCACGAGCGGGACUCCUGCUGAGGGCGCGUCGACGGCCGUUUACAACUCUUCUGGGUCGGCGGUGGCGGGGGUCUGGCUCUUCGUACAAGUUUACAUCAUCAGCGUCAUCCGGGGAACGAAUGCCCAGUAUACGAUCCCAUGUAUUCUAUGGGCCAUAUUUGCAAAUGUGGGCAUGACCUACGGCCCUCAAUUCAGUACAAUGGCUCAGGCCGAGUCGUUCAUACAGCGACUCCUGUUGGGUUUCUUGACCGGGUUCGGAAUCGCAACGGGGGUCUCUCUGCUUGUCUUCCCUCUUACCAGUCGGCAGAAUGUCUUCAAGGGCAUGGCUGGAUACCUCUCCGCUCUUCAAGCUGCAUUGAAAGCAAAUCUGGAGUACAUGCACAGCCUGGAAGUCAUCGACAUGUUCGCUGAGCAGAAGACCAAAACGGGUGGAGAGAAGCCGCCUAGGAGCAAGGAGGCUGAAGCCGUCAAAUCUAAGAUGAAGGCGCUCGCAGCAAUUCAUGCGAAAAUCAACACGGACUUGCCGUUUGCGAAGAGAGAGGUCGCCCGCGGAAAGCUCGGACCGGAGGACAUACAGGAAUGCUUUCGCCUGCUUCGACUCAUCAUGAUCCCGACUGUCAAUCUUGGAAGUAUGUCGGAUAUAUUCGAGCGGAUUGCUGAUGAGAGAGGUUGGGAUCGAUCUGUGAAUCUCGCAAAUGCCACUCUUGAGGAGGCUCAUGAUGAACAGGAGAAGAUGAGAAUCGAGGCUGUCAAUGAGUGGCAUGAGUUGAUGAGGCUACUCCGAGAACCAUUCGACAGUAUUACCAGCACCAUCAACGAUGGCUUGCAACACGUAGCUCUCACAUUGGAGCUUGUGCCCAUGCCCAAGCCGACUGGUAAGGACGUCGAAGCAGAAGGAUCCUGCCCUAAGCCAGGAGAGAAGGGAUACUCGACAUAUUUUCAAGAACAAGCGCACCGAUUUCUACACAGCAAGAAGACCAUGCUCAGAGGAUGGUGCCGUCUUCAUGGGAUUGAUCUGCCCGAAGACUUCUUCGACAAUCCCGACAGCAAAGACUUCGAGGCGCCCGCCUGGAUGCAGGAGGGCAUCUACUCAGAGGCGCAUCGGAGGCUGCGAAAACAGCUCUUCCUCUUGUUGUACAUUGAGUUCCUUCUCAUCGACGUUUCGAAGCGGACGCAUCAUCUCAUGGUCGCUGCGGAGAACUUUCACGAAAGCGGCAAGCUCUCCAGGACAAGGCUCGUCGUUCCCGGCGUCAAGCGGCUGCGGAAGUGGGUCAUGAGCUUGUUCAAUGACACGAGAGAUGCCCACGAAGAGGAUGAUAUGCACACUGACGGCAACGCGACACAGCAAGUCUAUCUUGGGGAUGCGUACAAGCACAGGAAAGAUCCAGAACAUCUUCCACCACAGAAUGCGUGGGAGCAUUUUGGCAAUCAAUUCCGGAAGAUUGCACACUUCUUUCGCUCUCCGGCUUCAUCCUUUGGCUUUCGCGUCGCGUGUGCGACGAUGAGCAUUGCCGUGAUCAAUUACCUGCACGACACGCAGACCUUCUUCACCACGCAGCGUCUCUUCUGGGCCCAGAUCAUGGUCUCGAUCUCCAUGAGUCCAACGGCUGGUCAAAGUCUUCGCAAUUUCUUGUUGAGGAUAUUUGGCACUCUCUGCGCCCUCAUCCUCUCCUGGAUCGCGUGGUAUAUUGUCGACGGCCACACGGCUGGCAUUAUUGUAUUCUUCUUCAUCUUCACUCACGCUGGUCCCUGGGUGCUUUUGAAGUAUCCCCAAUACACUCCUGUUGGCAUGAUUGGGCAAGUCACCAUGGGUCUGAUAAUUGGGUACGAACUCCAGGUUCGCAAGAUUGGAGUCCAGGUUGCUACCUCAAACGGCCAAGCCUACUAUCCCAUCUAUGAACUCGGUCCCAUAAGGCUUGCCACGGUCUGUGCAGGCUUGUACGUAACCCCUGUCGUGAAAGCGCCUUACCAAUCUGCUGACUGAUCUAUAGGUUAGUGGCUUGGCUAUUUACCAUCUUCCCGUACCCCAUCUCCGAGCAUAAUCAGAUUCGUAAGUCUCUUGGAUCUUCACUGUACCUGCUGGCGAACUAUUACUCGGUCAUGCACGAGACCGUGAAGCUCCGGUUGCGGAACCAGCAGGGUGACAUGAACAUGAAAGAAAGCCCCGGCCGGAAGCUUGAGAAGGCUAGGACCAAGCUCUUUUCCAAGGCCAACUUGACCAUUUCCGGACUUCGAACGCAGUCCACGUUCUUGGCUUUCGACAUUCCCAUCGGCGGCCGUUUCCCUCGGGAACAUUACGAGAAGAUUGUGGAUCAACUACAGAGCAUAUUAAAUUUCAUGUCGCUAGUGAGCUUGGCGUCGUACAGUUUUACGGAAUUGCGAGAAGAAGGCGAGCACCAAGAUGGCCUGAAAUGGUUGGCCAAUUUCGAAAAACUCGUGAACCAUGCGACCAUGACCUCAGAGCAAGUGACGACGCUGUUGUCGCUCAUGUCGGCGUCGGUCAUUUCAGGCAAUCCAUUGCCUCCGUACCUACGCGUACCGGAGCCUUGGCUCCUCGCGAACAAACUUGAGGAUUUGAGCAAGGACAUCUUGAGCGUCAAGCACAUCGCGGAGCCGGGAUAUGCCAGCUUCGCCGUGAUGCAGAUUGGGACACGCUUCAUCAACGACGAUCUCAGAGGGUUGGUCGAGGGCGUGAAGGGGCUUGUGGGCGAGUUGGACUUCUCUUACCACAUCGUCAGCACGGCCGAUGCAGCGCAGGAUAACUCCGAGGAGACGUUGGUCUACACGCGAACCAAUACUGCUCUGCGGUCGAAGCAGGAUUGA